AUGUACUAUUAAGUGUACUAGUUUUGAUAAGACUUAUCACCAAAAUUGAAUUAUCAUUAACGGUACGUUUCAUUAACUCAAACUAAUUUUUGCGCGUUAUUAUCAUUUAAAACAGGCGCUCUUAACCUAACUUUGUUAUGUCAUUAGAAAUGUCACAUUGUGAUGACUAAACAAUAGUAAUCCUAUUUACAAGUGCAUAAUCGCCACCGGUUUACACCACGGCCCCUUAUUUACACUCAGUAGCGAUGAAAUAGUGGGUGAAAUGCCUUCAAAUAUGUCGUAUUGCCCCCCAGGGGUGCACAUUUGGGACGUGUGGGUGAACCACGGGAUGUCCCAAUGUUUCGUCGAGACUCUAUCAUCGUCUGUGAUUGCUGGGUUUAUUUUACUAGCUGGUACCAUCCAGUUGUGCAUGUACAGGAAAUAUGGUACUGAAAUCUCCCCAAAUCACUUGGUCAAGUCCCGUUUGUACCAUUUUCAAGUUGCGGUAACACUAUUGGUGCCUGUGUUGGAGGUUGUGAGGUUCGUGCUACGAGGGACUGUGUUUGAUGAUAAACACAUCUAUGGGUUUAUGAUAACAUCCCUGGUACUCAACCUGCUCGCCUACCCCUACUCCCUUUUAGUUGUGCGCAUCGAACGCCACUACCUCUUGCCCUCGGUGCCCACCAAAGGUCACGGCAUCGUUCUUUUACUCUUCUGGACUCUAGUUUUCAUCUCUGAAAACCUCGCAUUCUUCAAUUUAGACAAGAAAGAAUGGUGGUUUCAGCUCAAAACAAUGGAGGACCAAAUCGAGAUGGGGCUAUUCAUCAUCCGUUAUUUAUCCUGUCUUUUCAUGUUUUUAUUAGGCCUGAAAGCCCCAGGAAUCACACAAAAUAUAAAUUAUUUUACACUUAAUGACUCGACCCGUAAUUUGCCACCGCAGGAUCGUCUCGAGAACCAAUCAACAUGGCACCAUUUUUGGAAGAAAGUUCGAAUUUUAGCGCCAUUUUUAUGGCCGAAAAAGGACGUUUUGUUGCAAUUCCGUGUCAUUUUUUGCUUGCUGUUAUUGGCCGGUGGGCGUGUCAUCAAUUUGUACGUCCCCAUUUACAACAAAUAUAUCGUGGAUAGUAUGACUCCCGAUGAGAAAAUUGGUAAAUUGGAGUUUCGAUGGGAUUGGAUUUUGAUGUAUGUGGGGUUUAAAUUUCUCCAAGGUGGGGGGACGGGAGGCAUGGGGUUGUUGAACAAUCUACGUUCGUUCUUGUGGAUCAGGGUACAGCAAUAUACGACGAGGGAGGUGGAGGUGGAGUUAUUUAGACAUUUGCAUAGUUUGUCCUUGAGAUGGCAUUUGGGGAGGAAGACGGGGGAGGUGUUGAGAGUGAUGGAUAGAGGCACGGACAGUAUUAAUAAUUUGUUGAAUUAUAUUAUUUUUUCGAUCGUACCGACGAUUAUCGAUAUUGUGAUAGCUGUGGUCUUUUUUGUGGUCACGUUUAAUGCCUGGUUCGGGUUCAUUGUCUUCAUCACGAUGGUACUCUACAUAGCUCUCACUAUCAGCAUCACCGAAUGGCGUACAAAAUUCCAACGUCGUAUGAACCUCGCCGACAACGAGACCCGUGCCCGCAGCGUCGACUCAUUACUCAACUUCGAAACUGUUAAAUACUACGGAGCGGAACAAUACGAAGUCGAAGCCUUCCGUGACACCAUCCUCCGGUUUCAAGUCGAAGAAUGGAAAUCAAACAUCACCCUCAACAUCCUCAAUACAGUACAAAACAUCAUCAUUUGUAGCGGUCUCCUUGCUGGAAGUCUUCUCUGCGCAUGGAUGGUGGUCGAAAAGGGGGAACUCAAAGUCGGCGAUUAUGUCCUCUUUGCCACCUACAUAAUCCAACUCUAUGUUCCAUUGAAUUGGUUCGGGACCUACUACAGAGCGAUACAGAAAAAUUUCGUCGAUAUGGAAAACAUGUUUGAUUUGUUGAAAGAGGACCAGGAGGUGAUCGAUGCCCCCAAUGCGGGGCCUAUUACAGUCAAGAAGGGGGCUGUCGAGUUCAAUAAUGUCUCGUUUGGGUAUUUACCCGAAAGAUUAGUACUGAAAAAUGUCACUUUUUCAGUACCACAAGGCAAAACAGUAGCUUUGGUUGGCCCUUCCGGUAGCGGAAAGAGUACAAUAAUUCGCUUAUUGUUCCGUUUCUACGACGUCGAGACCGGUUCGAUCAUAAUCGACGGUCAGAACAUCAAAACGGUGACUCAGGAGUCGCUCAGACGGGCUAUCGGAGUCGUCCCUCAAGACACCGUCUUAUUCAACAACACAAUUCGUUAUAAUAUUAAAUAUGGUCGUUUGACAGCCACCGAUGCUGAUGUGAUUGAAGCGGCACGUGGAGCCGAUAUCCAUGAUAAAAUUUUAACGUUUCCUGACGCCUACGACACCCAAGUGGGUGAAAGGGGGCUGCGUUUGAGCGGCGGAGAAAAGCAACGAGUGGCAAUAGCACGUACGUUGCUCAAAGCCCCCAUGAUUGUGUUAUUGGACGAGGCGACAAGUGCGCUGGAUACGCAGACUGAGAGAAAUAUACAAGAGUCCUUAUUCAGGAUGUGUGUAAAUAGGACGACGAUCAUAGUGGCCCAUCGAUUGUCAACUGUCAUUCAUGCCGAUGAAAUUCUUGUCUUGAGAGACGGGGAAAUUAUAGAACGGGGAAAACAUGAACAUUUAAUCGGACAGGAAGGGGUGUAUGCCUCCAUGUGGAGGCAACAGUUGGAAAAUAAGGAAAAUGAAAUUUUAGUCGAGUCAAGUCUCGAGAAGAGUUAAUCCUCCCACCCCCUACUACUUUACUAUUAGUUGCCAAGGUUUGGGGCAUAAUAAGAAAAAACGCUUCGUAUUUGUUUUGUAUUGAUCAAAUAAGUGGACUGUCAUAUCACUAGAUUAAAUAAAGUAUUUUUAUUGACA